GUAAUUGUUGAACGACCGCCAUAACCAAAGCUUGAUCGUAUGGAAAGUGAAUGAGUGAUUUUGUUCUUCUUAACGAAUAUAAUUUUAUGAUAUAUGUGCGGAACCUUUGAAUUUUCCCUUUAUAAGCGGAAAUCAUGUCGCUUUCAUAACCAUACUAUAACCUUUUGCGAUUCCAGUGAAGUUUGUGUCUUGUAUAAACAUCACGAGUAUUUUAAGGGGUGGUUUUCUAUUUUUAAUUUUUCCCUCCAUCGUUGAUUAUUAUUUAAAAAGGAUUAUGUUAUAGUUUUUAAAUUUUUACGCCGGUCGGAUUUGUGCGGGUAUGUCGAAAGGGGAACUAGGCUGGGAUUACGAGUCGAAAGACGGCCGGUGGAGGAAGAGGGUGACCAAACAGGGUCUGAAAGGCCCGAGGCCGAUGGAGAGGGACGAGUGCGACAUAUCCAUGUCUGGAGAAGAGAAGAGGCUGGUGAUCGGAGAGUACGAGACGGCGCUCGACAUGCUAGUCGAACGGUGUCUCAUGACGAUGUGCAGGCAAGAAGAGUGUGUGAUGUACUGUGAACAUGGCAUUUUCGAGAUUAAACUCAAGUCUUUUCGAGUGGGUGUUAGGAUAUAUAGUAUGACCGAUAAUGAUAAGUUGGAACUUGCCAUGAAGCAUAAAGCACAGGGGGUCAAACUGUUCCAAUCGGGAGAAGUCGACAAGGCGUUAUCGAGGUUCCGACGUUGCCUCCUUCUCGCCGUCUUCGUCGGCAAAGACGAUCAGGCGAGGUCUGUUUACGACACAGUUUGCAACAACAUCGCUCUAUGCCUUUUGAAAUUGGGCCGGGAUGAACACGCAGUGGCUGUAUGCGAUAAGGUGGCCGCGCAUGAACCUGACAACGUAAAAUGCCUUUUGAGACGCGCUUCAGCUCUCAAGGCACUCAAGGAUUACGAAAAAGCUUAUUUAGACCUGAAUGCUGUUUUGAAGAUAGAGCCGAAAAACCCCCAAGGGCUCUGUGAGAUGGAGUUCAUCAAGGAAAAACUGAAGGAUAUGAAUAUAAGGUACAGCGGGAUGUGUAAAAGGAUGUUCACUUUUCAAUAAUAAUAUAAUGUAAACUAAUCAAUUAAAUAAAUUUCCUAUUUUUGAAACUAA